AUGCAUGAGCAUGAAAUGUCCUACAUGGGCCCUCGGGCCUUCAGUCACGAUCAGAGCCAAGAUGCAGAGGCCGAAUACGACCGUCUCCGCAACCUAGCCCGACAAGAAGCUUCAAAGCGCAACUCAUGUUUCCAACGGUCUCAAGAAGCCUACUCCAGCGGCGAUGGCGCCAAGGCCAAAGAGCUCUCCGAACAAGGCAAAGCCCACGGUCGCAAGAUGGAAGAAUACAACAAGCAAGCGUCGGAGUUCAUCUUCCGUGAGAACAACGCCAACGGACGUGUCUCAGCAGACACCAUCGAUCUGCACGGGCAAUUCGUCGAAGAGGCGGAGGAGAUCCUCGAGGAGAGGAUCAAGUAUGCGAAAGCGCACGGUCAGGAUCAUCUCCAUGUGAUCGUCGGCAAAGGAAACCACUCCGCCAAUCAUAUCCAGAAAAUCAAGCCCCGAGUAGAGCAAGUCUGUCAGGAACUUGGUCUUCAGUACGCGACUGAGGAAAACGCUGGGCGCAUUUAUGUCAAUCUGACUGGUGGACCGGCGGAUAUGGAGACUGCGCCUACGCCCAAUCAUCCUCACUAUCAGCAAUACCCUCAGCAGCAGCAGCAGCAUUCUAUUCUGCAGCAACAGGGUGCGGGUAACCAGGAUGAGAUCGAGCAGGUGGUCAAUGCGGUUCUGCCUAAGAUUCUCAAUAAGCUGGAGAAGGCUUGCUGCGUGGUCAUGUGA